GAAGAAGCGGUGGAUAGACGACGGAGAGUCUCCAGUUCGAAACAGAGAGACUCUCAAGAGCUUGGACUUCAUCUCAGCUGUCCAAUUUCAGCAGGGAGGACAAGAAGUCCCUGGUUUAGGAUUCAGCUGUCUCCAAGCUGGUUGUGAGCGACUGAGGACAAACGAUGACUUCUUCACAAAAGAAACAGAAGUGCAGCAGCAAACCCAGGCCUCAUGGCUGUCAGCAGUGCGACAAAUCCUUUACGUCGUCCCAGCUGCUGAGGUAUCACGAGAAGCUCCACAGUGGAGAAGGCCUUAACUCCUGUGAGGACUGCGGGAGACAGUUCAUUCACCUACAAACCCUCAGAGCCCAUCAGCGCAUCCACACUGGAGAGAAACCCUUCCAGUGCGACCAGUGUGACAAAGCUUUCAGCAUGCAACAUAACCUAAUAAUCCACAAGCGGAUCCACAGUGGGGAGCGACCCUAUCAGUGCCAACACUGCGACAAAGGCUUCAAGUCGCCGUCCAACUUCAACAAACACCAGCGGAUCCACAGUGGAGACAAACCGUACAGCUGCGAACACUGCGAGAGAAGCUUCAGCGACCCGUCGGCUUACCGCGAACACAAGUACAUCCACACCAAAGAGAGGCUUUACCCCUGCAACCAGUGUAAAGCCACGUUCAGCUCUGCUGCUUCUUUAAGGCAACACCUGCGUCUGCACAACAGCAGCAAACCCUUUAAGUGCCAAUACUGCGAGAAAAGCUUUAUUUCCACAGCUAAACGCUCGUUACAUGAGUAUGUCCACACAGGAGAGAAACCGUACAGCUGUGAGCACUGUGGGAAGAAAUUCAGUGAUCCGUCCACAUGCAGGAGACACAGAAACAGCCACUCAGCUGCCAAACAGUCUGUUUCAGCAGUGUAAGGAACCAUCCAUGUAGCUUCACAUAACGGUGUGUCUGACCACUUUUUUAGAUGCAGGAAGAAGAGAAGUACAGUGCUGCCCACUUAUUGUCAUACCGCUUUAUAGAUGAUCCCGUUUCUAAUAAAAUAUCAAAGUCCUGAAUCAUUUCCUACAUAACCUAUAGUAAAACAGCAUGUUUAUUGUCAUAGAAUAAUGUCAUAAUCCUGGUUUUUAUCAUAAAUUCCCCGAAAUUGAUUCCAGGAAUAACUUUUGCUCGUUUAAUAUCGUGGUCGGCCAAUCGUUACGGCUCACGGGCCAGGCGUCCUGCAUGCGUGGCAGAUUAUCACACCCCGGUCAGAAGGCAAUGUGUUUGUUUGUCUACGACCUGCUCACCUGUGAUCUGCUUCACUGAGGUAUACACACACCGUCUGACAUUAAUUAGGGCACAUCAAAGAGAAUGGCGUUGUUGCAGAGCAUGUCGUCACUCAUAGCUGAACUGCUCAGCUAGUUAAUCAUGAUGAGUUAAUCCUCUGUGUGAUUAAAGGACAUAACUUAUUGAUGGGGUGGCUGUUCGUACCGUCAAAGCUGAAAUUUCACUGAAGCCAAAUCAUAAAGCUCCAUUUGAAUAAUGGAAUCAGUUAUUUCCCGAAUACAUGGUAGAUAUGUCGAUAUAGGCCAUGCAGAUGGUGCUGGUCCGGUAUAUAGGCUCACACACAAACUCGCUGCCAUCUUGAAGCCCGCUUAUUGGAAUAUCCCAGAUAUUGUAGUCAUUUCAUCCUGGACCGAGAGGAUGAUAAUAAAUGGGCACCACUGUCCUACUUUCUGUUGGGGGAAAAUGAAGUGAAGACCCCCAGAGGUUCCCUUUGGGACGGACACUCCAUUCCGUUAAACCUGACAGCAGUUGAAUGUGUUGGUUUCAUGUCUGAAUGAGCAUUUUAGUCACUUUACCAUGAAAGUCUUGCCGGCAAUCUCACUACGUUGGAUCUAACAACACUAUGUCCAGUUGUGUGAAAGCAUAGGAGACUUUUGCCACGUUUCAGUGGCAUUAUUUGUCCGAAAACACCACAGCGAGAGUCUUUCCUGUGAGUUCAUUAAGUAUCUGCAGCGUCACACAGCAGCUGGAUCCACAUCCAUCCAUCCAUUAUCUAUACACCGCUUAAUCCUCACUAGGGUCGCGGGGGGUCUGGAGUCUAUCAGCUGGAUCCACAUGUCGUCUCCAAAUCAAGAGAGUGGGACGUACGGAGCAACAGCAGUGCCUUAAUUAAUUAUUUAUUAUUCCUGACAUGCAGACAGAUCGAUCAGGACCCAACAGCAAGCCAUGCUGUUCUUUUAAUGUUGGCAAAGUAGUAGUUCGAUGUUGAGGAAAUCAGAAAUAAACUGAAAACAAUUACUCAGAAAUGUGCCACAGUUUGAUCAGUGAUCAUGAAAACAAAGUGGAAAACUGCCUUGUGAUUAUUUUAACGUCUUAAUGACUGACCUGUCUUGUCCAACGCUGCUCGAUACCUGAUCCUGGGAUAAAGUUAGAACUACCAUUGAUAGCUGUUGAUGCUAAUGAAACGGUGGGAAGUCUUUCUCAUGUAUUAGUGUUGGUAUCUGGUGAAUGACUGUUUUUAAUAGAAGCUGUAUCUCCUGUUGCUUGUGUUGAUGCUUUCUGCUUCCACUUUGCAGACACAGUGGAUGAGCCAACUGCUGUUCUCUUGUCUGCUGCUUUCAUAGUGACAAAAGCAGAGAUACCAUCCACAGAUUGUCCACAAAGGAAAAUAUGUAUUUUUGUUGUUGUUGUUUUUCCCGCUUACAGCCGACAGUCAGAACGAGCCUGUCUGUAGAAGAUGUUUUACCUGCAUAGACUGAAGGAACAAACACGUCCGACUUGGCAGAGCCUCUCACAGACAAACCUGCCAGCUCGCUCAGAGGAUUCAAAGAGCGGCAGGUUAGUGAAUGUGAUAGAAACGUAGCGGCAUCAUGCCCUCGAAUGUGCGUCAAAUGAGUGAUUCAGUUUGUGACGAGCAAACUUCAUCACCAUCAGAGUCUGACGAGGCAGUUACGGCCAGAGAUGACUGUCUAGUUUCACUUUAUCUCCGUUGACUUACUGCUGUAGCAAACGUCACUAUAUACAAAUAGAGUGUCACAGUACUGCAGGCUGAUGAAAGUCAGGUGUUUACGGGUUUGCAGAUCAGCAACACGAGUUAUUAGUGAUGAACAGAGGGGUGAUUAAAAUGUGCAUCAAAGCUCUCCCAACACUUAUCUCUGCAAGAAUUUGACCUUUUGCAAGCAGCAGUGUGAUGUGAGGGUAAAGAGCUGAUCUGAGUGAAGAGCUCCUCCUUUUCUGUUUGAAUAUAAAAAUGUAUGAAGACACUCUGGGACAAUAACUCCUUCCUGUUUUAUGGCUUCUUUUCACUGCCUGACGAUCACUUUCUUUGACAUUGUUGAAAUAUUAUCAUUUUUGUAAUUAAAAAAACAAAAAGUUCCA